AGACGGGGUUGUGUUGUUUGCGCGCUCUUCACGUUGUUAUGAGUUUGGAUUUAAGCCGGCUAAUAUAAAAUGGAGAAGCUCCGUGUUCUGGAACUGUACAGUGGUAUUGGAGGGAUGCAUUAUGCACUUAGAGAGAGUGCCAUCCCUGCUGAAGUGGUAGCUGCAGUGGAUGUGAACACGACAGCCAAUGAAAUCUAUAAGCACAACUUUCCAAAUACUCUCCUCCUACCCAAGACUAUUGAAGGAAUGACACUCAGCGAUUUCAAUAAGCUGGACUUUGAUAUGAUUUUGAUGAGCCCUCCAUGUCAGCCUUUUACUAGGAUUGGGUUACAGGGUGAUGUAAAUGACCCCAGAACAAAAAGCUUUCUUUACAUCUUGGAUAUUCUGCCAAGGUUAAACAAGAUGCCCCGCUUCAUUCUGCUGGAGAAUGUGAAAGGGUUUGAGACAUCCUCUGCAAGAAAUACCUUGGUAAAGACUUUGCAAGACUGUAGAUACAUCUUUCAGGAAUUUAUGAUAUCACCCACUUGUCUUGGAAUACCAAACUCAAGGCUGCGAUUUUUUCUUAUUGCGAAAGCUCGCUCAGAUUCCUUCUCUUUUCAGAAAACAACAGAGAUUCUAGAGGGCUUUCCAAAGUCAGAAUCUAUCGAUGUCACCAACGGUCCCAUGAUCCCUGAUAGCCAUUGUAGUAAAGUUACAGGUGACAUAAGAGAAGAUGGGACUAUAAUCUAUAAGAUGGAGACGGCUCAGGAGCUGGAGAGGAAGCAAAGUCAAGACAACGAACAGGCAGUGAGGAGACUACAGGAUUUCCUUGAGGAGGAAGAACAAGUAACAGACAUGGACAGUUAUUUGCUUCCUCCAAAGAUCCUGCUUAGAUAUGCCAUGCUCAUGGACAUAGUGAAUCCAAACAGUAGGAGAUCGGUCUGCUUCACUAAAGGAUAUGGGCAUUACGUUGAGGGAACGGGAUCCGUUUUGCAGUCGUGUACAGAUGUGGAGCUGGAGAGCAUCUUUAAGUCACUGGACAUGCUAUCAGAGGAGGAGAAGCUGAAGCAGCUGUCCCGGCUGAAGCUCAGAUACUUCACACCCAGAGAGAUCGCCAACCUUAUGGGCUUCCCACCACAUUUCAGCUUUCCAUCAAAUAUCUCCUCUAAGCAGCAGUACCGGGUUGUGGGAAACAGUCUAAAUGUUCAUGUAGUGGCUAAGCUCAUCAGUCUCAUGGUGUCAUGACCGACAUAUAGAAUUUGCUGCAAUGUUCAUGGCCUGUUUCAAGCCUCACUGGGAUACCCUGAUAUUUCAAAGAUGUCCAACUUUUGUAUUACAUGAAUUAAGUCUGUAAAUUAUUAAAUAAACUAUUUGUAUAUGUAUUGA